GGGGGGGGGACUUUUUGAAGCAAAUAAGCAUUCGUCCUGCUUGGACUUGUUUUAAUGUAUUACUACGAGCAGGUAGCGGGCAGCCAAACAGCUUUCUAUAUUCAAGCAAUCCAUCGUCAUCCGGCCAUAUUUAUUGUUUUUGAUGAUUCGGUGGUUUGUGUGGAUCCGUUUCAGGGUUAUAUUUGCUUACAUUUUUUCUUUUUUCUUCUCUUAUUAUGCACAAUAAAAAUAAAUCACUCUCAGCUCUUACAAACCAGCCACAGUAUGGUGGCUGAUGAGGGACAUUAGUUGUACUCGCAUUUGAAUAUGUGCUUCACUUUGUAAUAGUUGACUUCCCUUUUUUUUUUUUUUAAAUAAAGAAAUAUAUAUAGUUUAAAAAAAAAAAAAAUGGUAAUAUUCUUUUACAGUUGAAUCUUCAGUCCUGAUCAUAACUACCAAUUAAUCAUUCACUUUAAGAAUUUUUUACUUUUAAAUGCUGGUUUUCAUUUUUGCCAAAAACAUUUUAUUAUUUUCUGUAUACUAAAUGAAAGUUGUUUUUCUCACAAUAUUGAGGUUUAAAUGAAGGUCUGUUUUUGACAAAGUGAUUUAAUUUGCACCUCAUCAUCCAUCCACCGCGAGCAACAUGGAUUUAGGGCACAGUGACCUGACCCUAGGUCAGUUUGAGCUACUAAACAAUGAGCUGUUACAACUGAACGCACUAUUCUGAGGACAUCAUAGUCACAAUUUAGUGUAAUGUACUAAAGCCUCUACUACUUAAACUUCAUGCCGAUUUAAAUUAACCAAUUAAAGCUGCAAUAUUUCCAUAAAUCAUCCCAAUAACUGAAUUGUUUUUAUUGGUUAGUUUGGGAGAUCAGGCUGUAUUUCAUAGAUAUUUAGUCUUGGUGUUCCUCUGGGAAGCUGUUUGGGUCCCCUGUUGUUUUUGUUACAUUUGGAUAUCUUCUAACUGUAAUGUUUAUUUCUGCUCCUGUACGCCGACGAUGAACAAUUCUACGUUGCUUUUUCGAGACAAUUGAUACAGAUACAAACCUUCUAAUUGUCUGUCAAUAAAUGGAUCAGUUCUUGUUUCAUACAUUCACAUUGUUAAGAAAUUAACGUAUUUUAUUGGCAAUACCAUGGCAUUUUUUAAAAUUGUUUUCAUUUAAAGUGAAUUAAGACAAAAAGUUAAUCAUUAUUAUUAUUAUAUAAGAGGUUUUUUGAUGUCACGUCUGAAUUGCUUGGUCAAUUUUUUAACCCCGGUGUUAUUUUCGUCCCUCUUAUUAAAACAACAACUUUUUUUCCCAAAGUAUUUUUGUCUAACCAGAAGUCGUGUUUUGGAGAUAACUAAUUCUUUACCGUCGGUCAUAAAUAGGAUUCUCUCUUCCUGUUUAAAACCUUCCAUCGGCUGUUUGUUCUCUGGUGCAUCUGGUUAUACUUUGUUACAAAACAACGGCGGCUUCGUGCAUUCCUGACAUAUGUUUCCAAACUUGUGUCGACAUGAAAAAUGUCAUCACCCCGAGUGUUUCAUACUGUAUUGAGAUGUUUGAGGGGCGUCUGUGUGUCAACGAGAACGGCAACUAAUGAUCGUUUGGUUUAUACAACAAUAUUGAUUGUACUCUCGUGUAAGACCACAACAGAAAUGGCACAUUCUCAUGUUUGAGAACCCACGAACCGUCAAAUAUUUGGCUUUUCUUUGUGAGAAAAAGGACUUCAGAAAAUAGUUGCUGAUUAAUUCUCUUUUGCGCAACCAAUGGAUUAAUCAGCUCGUCCUUGCAGCUCAAAUACAAAUUAAAAUACCGACUAACUAUUAAAAAAAAAAUACCUAUAUAUUUUUCUGGAGUUGCCACAGGUAUUACUACAUGCAUUGAUGUAACACUUCAAUACACAAACUCCUGUAGUAAUACACUGAUGAUGAAUAGUAUAAAGUACCUCAUAGAACCGCACUUUUAACAUAUAUCACAUAUAAAUGCACAAUCAGAUGAGAAGGAUUUAUUUUUCUGUUGACGUUGUUGGAUUUUCUAUUUUUGGGGUUUUGUCAACAAGGUUGUUACGUAAUGAAGGUAAUAAAAGUCUAUAAUUAAUCAGUUAUUUUUGUAAUAAACGCCGUUGUCGCACCUCGUUGUUGUUGUUGUGUCGCCCUUACCUGUACAGGUGCAAUGAUUUCAGCUCGCUCCUGUGCUUCCGCCCAGAUUCUGUCAGUCUUUGUGGCCGUAAGUGAUUCACACGAGGAACGCCGGCCGCUCCCUUUGGCACAGGCAGCAUCGCUCACGCAUGGGGGGGGUUCAUGUCCCUGACCUCUCCUGAACUUCUAGGUUUAGACAAACACUGUUUUUCAUAUACGUGUGUGUGUGUGUGUGUGUUUUCAUGCUACUUUAUACUUAUGCUCCAGUGAUUCUGAGGGAAUUAUUGUAGUUUUUACUCUUAAGUUGCUGCACUAUAUGUUGUAUUAUUUGCCCAGCAGUAUAUAAUUCAGUUAAAAAUGAGCCCAGUGUUCAUUAAAGUGACGAAACACGUCAAUGCAUCAAUAAUUAUCAUCUAAUUGCACAAAUUGAGAAUGCAGGACUUUAACUUGUAAUUAAAAGAUCUGAAUACGUCGGUGUGUGUGUGUGUGUGUGUGUGUGUGCGUGCAUAUGAGCCGCGGGCGUGUGGUAGUCAGGGUGUGUUUGCACGAGGGUGUGUGUGUGUGUGUUUUUGUUUAUUGACAGUUAAAGGAGGCGGGCCUCCAGAGGUGGAACCUGUUCUGCUGCUCCAGGUGAGCUGUCCGUCCACCUGCCUGCAGCCGCUCUCCUCAGUCACAACCUGCAGAGCAGCUGGCGGCGUGGACUCGUCACCGUGUGCCCGGAAAGGUCCUCGACACGACUUCAGCAACGCGGAGGCCCCAACACACACGCCGAUGGACCCUGAGACGUGAACCCGCCGGGGAAGGACGCUCUGACCUCGGAGCAAUCGGAGGAGGGAGGAGCUUGUCGUUCAACAACAGUUCCUCAGCCAAUCAGGGACCGGGGGAAGGGGCAACAACAACAAUUUUGAUCAACUGUCAAAAGCACCGAAGGUGUUAAAAGUGCUGAAGGUGAUGGAGCCGUUUGAUGACAUGGUCAAAGUCCUCACCAGGAACAACUUGAGCAAGAGCCUCGGAAACUUGGACGAGUGUUCCAAGAGUCCCGACACGAUGCUGAAGGAUUCCUACAACAAACUCUACAAUGCCAGAAUCCGGAAGUUUAUGAAACGUGACACGGUCGGUUCCAUGGAGAGCAUCGUAAGCGAGGAUGGUACUGCCAAGCCAACUGUAACGGGCUCAUCCAUGAAGACCGACAUGGGGUUGCCUCGCCUCGGAGUUGACUUCGGACUUAUGAAAAACAGGAUUCGGACCACAGACAUUGACGAAGAUUCCCAAUCUGAUGACGCUGGAGAACUAACAUAUGGCAGCAAUCUGAACCUUCCACAUAUGGGUGGAGCUCACGUACCGAGACUGAAAGUCGAUGCUAGAAGUCCAAAGUUUAACCCUCCAGACUUCCAUUUAUCCGGAAGAUUACCAGAGGGUCAAAACACUACAGCUGGUCUACAACUGCCAAACACUGAUAGUCCGUCAAUUGACUUGACGAUGCCAAAUUUACAAAGACAUCAAAUUGGACUGGAGAGCAACAGAACUUUGAGAGCUCCAGAAAUGGGUUUGGACUUACAAGGUUCAGGUGUUAGUACCCCUGACAUGGGGAUACACCUUAAUGGGGGAAACAUCACUAGUCCAUCCUUUGACAGCGGUGUUGAAAGAACAAACGAAAUGCCAAAAUUCAAAAUGCCAAACUUGGGCCUCUCUGGAACUUCUUUCAGUGAUCCAGAUGGUGAGUUCAAUACACCAAAGGUAAGAGCCCCACAUGGUCUCUCGGGUAAACUCAAGUAUUCCCAGAGACUGAAGAACCCAGAUCUUAAUCUGGACAAUCCUUCCGGUUAUAUCGAGUCAGCUAACCUCAGGCUGUCUGGGAGAUCUCCUGACUUGGACUUAGAAAUGCCAGGUGUUGAUGUAUCAAAACUUGAUAUACACGGGCCAAACAUUGACGUGCCUUCAGGUAAAGUCAAAAUGCCUCUCGUGAAACCAACGAUUAAAUUACCGGAUUUAGAUGUUGAUAACCCAUCUGGUAAAUUGCCUAUGCCCAAAUUUGGGUUCUCAGGCAAGAGGGAAACUGAUGUUAAAACACCUGACUUGAGUCUCAAAACACCAAAGAUAAAGGGUGGGAUUCAUGCACCCAAUGUAAAUACACCAAAAGCUGACCUAAAAGGACCAAAUCUAGCCUUAGGCAUUCCAUCGGUCGACACUAAAGUUCAAUCCGGAAAAUACAAAGCUCCUAAAUUUAAAAUGCCCCAAUUUGAUUCACCAGACAUUCAAGUUCCUGGUUUUAACGGAGAGGGACCAGAUGGUGAGUUAAGGACUCCUGACUUUGAUCUCUCAGCCCCCAAAUUCAAAGGAGCUUUUGGCUCCCCAGAUUUGAAUUUGCCGGAGAUGGACUUUAAUGAACCCAAACUUGAUCUUAGCAGCCCAGACGUCAACUUAGAUAUGCCCUCAGGUAAAUUUGCGUUACCGUCAAUUAAGAAACCAGAUAUUAGCUGGAAUGCUCCUGACAUGCAUAUUGACGCUCCCUCAAGCAAAUUUAAAAUGCCAAAAAUGAAGCUUUCAGGACCAAAUUUAGACUCACCAGAUCUAAAUCUUAAAGCGCCAAAGAUAAAGGGUGGAAUUAAUGCCCCUAACUUGGACUUACCAAACAUGGACUUCAAAGCUCCAAAGUUCGAUGUGAACGCUCCAGAUGUCAAUCUUGGUUCAAAAUUAAGGAUGCCAAAAUUUAGUUUUCCAAACCUAAGAGGACAAGAGAUUGAUGGCAAUUUGGAUGGUCCAGACAUUAAUGUUGAUGCACCCAAUGUCAACCUUAAAGGUCCUAAAGCAGAUUUGGGAAUGCCAGAUUUUGAUAUUUCUGGUCCAUCGGGUAAAUUCAAAAAGCCAAAAUUUAACCUGCCGGAUAUUGGGCUUUCUAGUCCAAAGUUAGAUGGCCCCAACCUGGACCUCAAAUCACCUGAUCUCAAUUUCUCCAGCCCUAAACUCAGUGGUGGAAUAAAUGCUCCAGACAUAAACAUGCCCACGUUUGACCUCAAAAGCCCAAAGCUGGACCUGAAUACCCCAAAGCUCAACAUGGACAUGCCAUCAGGUAACCUGAAAAUGCCAGAGCUUCAUUCUCCAGACUGGGAUGUUAAAGCUCCUUCGGGCAAAUUGAAAAUGCCGAAAUUAAAACUUUUAGGUACAUUACCAAAAGGACCUAAAAUGGACAUUGACGCAGAUCUGAAAGCUCCAAAGAUAAAGGGUGGAAUUGAUGCCCCUGACUUGGACUUACCAAAUAUGGACCUUAAAGCUCCCAAAUUCAAUGUUAACACUCCAGACGUUAACAUUGAUUCACCCAAAGGAAAAUUUAAAAUGCCCAAAUUCAAAAUGCCCAAAUUUACCUUUCCAAGCCGAAAGAAAACUACAUUUGACGGAAACUUUGAAGGCCCAGAUGUUGACGUAAAUGCACCCAAAGUCAACCUAAAUGGUCCCAACGCUGGUUUUGGAAUGCCAGAUUUAGAUAUUUCUGGUCCAUCGGGUAAAUUCAAAAAGCCCAAUUUUAACCUGCCUGAUUUUGGGCUUUCUGGUCCAAAGUUAGAUGGCCCGAACUUGGACCUGGAAUCACCUGAUCUAGAUAUAUCUGGACCCAAUCUCAGUGGUGGUUUCAAUGUUCCAGACAUAAACAUGCCUAAAGGUAAUCUUAAGACCCCCAAACUGGACCUUAAUGCCCCAAACUUAGGCAUACCAUCAGGUAAACUAGAAAUGCCAGAGCUUCCUUCUCCAGACUGGGAUAUUAAAGCUCCCUCAGGCAAAUUGAAAAUGCCUAAAUUCAAUCUUUCAGGUCCAAAGGGACCUAAUAUGGACAUAAACACAGAUCUGAAAGCUCCAAAGAUAAAGGGUGGAAUUGAUGCCCCUGACUUGGACUUACCAAACAUGGACCUUAAAGCUCCCAAGUUCGAUGUAAACGCUCCAGACGUUAACAUUGGUUCACCCAAUGCAAAAUUUAAAUUGCCCAAAUUCAAAAUGCCCAAAUUGAACUUCCCAAGCCUAAAAGGACCUGAAAUUGACGGAAACUUUGAUGGCCCAGAUGUUGAUGUAAAUGCACCCAAUGUCAACCUCAAAGGUCCCAACGCUGGUUUUGGAAUGCCAGAUUUUGAUAUUGCUGGUCCAUCGGGUAAAUUCAGAAAGCCCAAUUUUAACCUGCCUGAUUUUGGGCUUUCUGGACCAAAGUUAGAUGGCCCGAACUUGGACCUGAAAUCACCUGAUCUAGAUAUAUCUGGUCCCAAUCUCAGUGGUGGUUUCAAUGUUCCAGACAUUAACAUGCCGAAAGUCGAUCUUAAAAGCCCCAAACUGGACCUUAAUGCCCCAAAGCUCAACAUGGACAUGCCAUCAGGUAAAAUAAAAAUGCCAGAUCUUCAGUCUCCAGACUGGGAUAUUAAAGCUCCCUCAGGCAAAUUGAAAAUGCCUAAAUUCAAUCUUUCAGGUCCAAAGGGACCUAAUAUGGACAUAAACACAGAUCUGAAAGCUCCAAAGAUAAAGGGUGGGAUUGAUGCCCCUGACUUGGACUUACCAAACAUGGACCUUAAAGCUCCCAAGUUCGAUGUAAACGCUCCAGACGUUAACAUUGGUUCACCCAAUGCAAAAUUUAAAGUGCCCAAAUUUAAAAUGCCCAAAUUGAAUUUCCCAAGCCUAAAAGGACCUGAAAUUGACGGAAACUUUGAUGGACCAGAUCUUGAUGUGAAUGCACCCAAUCUCAACCUCAAAGGUCCCAACGCUGGUCUGGGAAUGCCAGAUUUUGAUAUUUCUGGUCCAUCGGGUAAAUUCAAAAAGCCCAAUUUUAACCUGCCUGAUUUUGGGCUUUCUGGUCCAAAGUUAGAUGGCCCUAACUUGGACCUCAAAUCACCUGAUCUAGAUAUAUCUGGACCCAAUCUCAGUGGUGGUUUCAAUGUUCCAGACAUAAACAUGCCUAAAGGUAAUCUUAAGACCCCCAAACUGGACCUUAAUGCCCCAAACUUAGGGAUGCCAUCAGGUAAAUUAGAAAUGCCAGAGCUUCCUUCUCCAGACUGGGAUAUUAAAGCUCCCUCAGGCAAAUUGAAAAUGCCUAAAUUCAAUCUUUCAGGUCCAAAGGGACCUAAUAUGGACAUAAACACAGAUCUGAAAGCUCCAAAGAUAAAGGGUGGAAUUGAUGCCCCUGACUUGGACUUACCAAACAUGGACCUUAAAGCUCCCAAGUUCGAUGUAAACGCUCCAGACGUUAACAUUGGUUCACCCAAUGCAAAAUUUAAAGUGCCCAAAUUUAAAAUGCCCAAAUUGAACUUCCCAAGCCUAAAAGGACCUGAAAUUGACGGAAACUUUGAUGGACCAGAUCUUGAUGUGAAUGCACCCAAUCUCAACCUCAAAGGUCCCAACGCUGGUCUGGGAAUGCCAGAUUUUGAUAUUUCUGGUCCAUCGGGUAAAUUCAAAAAGCCCAAUUUUAACCUGCCUGAUUUUGGGCUUUCUGGUCCAAAGUUAGAUGGCCCUAACUUGGACCUCAAAUCACCUGAUCUAGAUAUAUCUGGACCCAAUCUCAGUGGUGGUUUCAAUGUUCCAGACAUAAACAUGCCUAAAGGUAAUCUUAAGACCCCCAAACUGGACCUUAAUGCCCCAAACUUAGGGAUGCCAUCAGGUAAAUUAGAAAUGCCAGAGCUUCCUUCUCCAGACUGGGAUAUUAAAGCUCCCUCAGGCAAAUUGAAAAUGCCUAAAUUCAAUAUUUCAGGUCCAAAGGGACCUAAAAUGGACUUAAACACAGAUCUGAAAGCUCCAAAGAUAAAGGGUGGAAUUGAUGCCCCUGACUUGGACUUACCAAACAUGGACCUUAAAGCUCCCAAGUUCGAUGUAAACGCUCCAGACGUUAACAUUGGUUCACCCAAUGCAAAAUUUAAAGUGCCCAAAUUUAAAAUGCCCAAAUUGAACUUCCCAAGCCUAAAAGGACCUGAAAUUGACGGAAACUUUGAUGGACCAGAUCUUGAUGUGAAUGCACCCAAUCUCAACCUCAAAGGUCCCAACGCUGGUCUGGGAAUGCCAGAUUUUGAUAUUUCUGGUCCAUCGGGUAAAUUCAAAAAGCCCAAUUUUAACCUGCCUGAUUUUGGGCUUUCUGGUCCAAAGUUAGAUGGCCCUAACUUGGACCUCAAAUCACCUGAUCUAGAUAUAUCUGGACCCAAUCUCAGUGGUGGUUUCAAUGUUCCAGACAUAAACAUGCCUAAAGGUAAUCUUAAGACCCCCAAACUGCACCUUAAUGCCCCAAACUUAGGGAUGCCAUCAGGUAAAUUAGAAAUGCCAGAGCUUCCUUCUCCAGACUGGGAUAUUAAAGCUCCCUCAGGCAAAUUGAAAAUGCCUAAAUUCAAUAUUUCAGGUCCAAAGGGACCUAAAAUGGACUUAAACACAGAUCUGAAAGCUCCAAAGAUAAAGGGUGGAAUUGAUGCCCCUGACUUGGACUUACCAAACAUGGACCUUAAAGCUCCCAAGUUCGAUGUAAACGCUCCAGACGUUAACAUUGGUUCACCCAAAGGAAAAUUUAAAAUGCCCAAAUUCAAAAUGCCCAAAUUGAACUUCCCAAGCCUAAAAGGGCCUGAAAUUGACGGAAACGUUGAUGGCCCAGAUCUUGAUGUAAAUGUACCCAAUGUCAACCUCAAAGGUCCCAACGCUGGUUUGGGAAUGCCAGAUGUUGAUAUUGCUGGUCCAUCGGGUAAAUUCAAAAAACCGAAGUUUAACCUGCCGGAUAUUGGGCUUUCGGGUCCAAAGUUAGAUCGCCCGAACCUGGAUCUCCAAACACCUGAUCUAGAUAUAUCUGGACCCAAUCUUAGUGGUGGAUUAAAUGCUCCAGACAUGAACAUGCCUGGAAAAUUUAAAAAGCCACAUUUGAAAAUGCCUGAUGUGGGGUUUUCUAGUCCAAAGUUAAAUCGCCCAAACUUUGGCAUCAAAUCACCGGAUCUUAAUGCCAAAUUACCAAAAGGACCAAAUUUGAAUUUAAAGUCAGACUUUAAAACUCCAGAUUUGAAUCUCAAAGCUCCAAAAUUGAAAGGUGGAAUCGAUAUCCCGAAAUUGGGAUUGCCGAAAAUGGACUUUCAUGCUCCCAAGGUAGAUAUGGACACUCCAGAUGUCAACAUGGGUUUCCCUGAUUUAACUUUAAAAAAGCCCAAGAUCAAAAUGCCAAUGGUCCCCAACGUUGAUAUAAAUGGGCACCUACAGGGCCCUGACUUAAAUAUCCCAAAUGUAGAUGUCAAUGGUCCAAAAGGACAAUUUAAAAUGCCAAGUGUAAAUACACCAGACCUCAGUUUCUCUGGACCUAAGGCAAAACUACCAGAUCUAAGUAUGCCAGAUUUACAUUUGCCGGAUACCAGUUUCAACGCUCCCAAGCUGGACCUCAAUGCACAACGUCCUGAUCUCGGGAUAAAUGGUAAUUUAGGACGCCCUGACGUGAACUUUACUGCCCCUAAUGUCAAAGGAGGACUAAGAGGUCCAGACUUUGGCAUGAAUGUUCCCUCAGGAAACAUCCAGGUUUCUCAACCUGAUUAUGACUUGCAAGACAGAACAUUCAAACUCCCUAACUUCAAGACGCCUCAGUUUGUAGGUCCAGAUGUUAACGGGGAAGGGUCUGGUAUUGACUUUGGUGCAUCUAUGAGACGAACAAAUCUGGAUAUUUCUCCUCUGAAUGCAAAACUGAAUAUGAAACCAUCACAGUUGAUCGGGGAUUUCACAGGUCCAAAUGUAAAGGGUCCAAAGAUGCCGAAAGUGGAAAUGCGGAAUCCGGGGCUGCAGCUCAGAUCUCCCGAUCUGAACAUCGAUGAUCUUUCACCUAAUUUCACAGAACCCUCUUAUAGGAAUCGCAGAUCAGAUAUCCCGGGGGCGAACAUGAGAAUGCCCGACCUGGACGUAGACGGAGACGUCAGACUUCGUCACGCUGACAGACGUCCGACUGCGCACCAAGUGAGGUCCAGCCGCCCUCAGGCGGACGCUGGUUUCGGCCAACGCGUUAAUUUCAACCAAUCAGAUCUGAACAUCGAUGAUUUCACGGGAAAGGAUCACGUGCUUAGAUCGAAAGGUUCACAACUCGAGUUCCAGGCGCCGCGUGGCUUCGGACGGGGGGUCCCCCCGUCGGGUCGUAACAUCGACAUGAGGGACCCCAGAGAAACCGAUAGAAUGCAUUCUGGUGGCAUCGAUAUGUUUGCAAUGCAGGAACGAGCAAUGCAGGAACGAGCAAUGCAGGAACGAGCAAUGCAGGAAAGGGCAAUGCAGGAAAGGGCCAUGCAGGAAAGGGCAAUGCAGGAAAGGGCCAUGCAGGAAAGGGCAAUGCAGCAGAGAGCAAUGCAGGAGAGAGCAAUGCAGGAGAGAGCAAUGCAGCAAAGAGCAAUGCAGCAAAGAGCAAUGCAACAAAGAGCAAUGCAGCAGGUACCGAACGCACGUUUGCCACAUUCAUCUCAAGAUCCAAGAAUACGAGUCCCCGACAACUCAGGCGAAUACUACGUCACCACUUUUCCCCACCAAGACCAAAAUCAAAGAAUGUCAAACCACAAAUAUAACACGCUUGGGGGUCCAGACUUUCGUCCACGGAACAUGGACCUUGAAGUCCCGGCAAGAAAUUACCAAAAAGGGGGUCCGACUUCCUUUUUGUCCAACCUCAUGUAGGUUUAAACCCCUGGUGUUUCUUUGAAUAAGCUUUUUAUAUGUUGUAUGACGUAAGCUGUUGUGUGUUUAUUGGAUGACUUGUGCAAUUUUACUUAUUUAAGUGUGUUUGUUUGUAUAUAAAAAACAAUCUCGUUGCUUCGUAAUGAUGAAGCCUACUUUACGAUACAGCAUUCUUGCACUUGUUUUUAAUAUGUAAAUUAAUUAGUUUACCACAUUUUGUAAAUUGUAGUAUGCGUUACUGGGCAAGAAGGUAUUAUUUCUCUUUUAUUAUUAAGAGUAUUAUCUACAUUUAAGUUAGCUUUUGCCACUCAAAAUGUCCGACUUUUCUUUUUCAGUUUACUGCUGAUGUUGAAACUCGAGGAGGAAAUUUGUAAAAUAUAUUUUUUACGAGAUCAAAAGAUUUACAUAUCAACUUAAUUUAAAAUAUCCAAAGUUGUGCAUAUGUUUGUAUUAUACUCUAUGUCAAUAUUUUUUAAACUCAAUUUAUUUUUGUAUUUAUUGGAGAUAUACAGUAUAGUUGAGUUUCUAUAAUUUCUAUAACCAUUUGUGCUUCAAAAUGUUUAAGCAAUAAUAGAAUGAUAAUGAAAUUAUUUAAGAUGACUAUAUAUUCUAAACUGUAAAACCUGACUGGCUGUUUUAGACGUAACCAUGAAGCUGUUAAAAUGGGUUAUUGUGGGCAGACCUUAUGUUAUUGUAUUGUUUUGUACGAAUUAAUA